AUGGCGCAUACGGAUGUGACAGAAGUAGAUCAUACCCCAACCGAACAUUGCGAGGAGCGCAACGAGACUGGAAAGCCAUCCAAAGACCUGAGCGCCAGUAUGGCUCACAUUCAGAUAAGACAGAGCUCCGCCGAGAAGCAUGGUUGGGAUGAGCCCGUACCAGAGUCUGCCCCAGCUGUCAGCUUUGGUCAUAACCUAGAAAGAAACCAAGAAAGCAAGAUGGCUGGCUUCCCCGCCGGUGUCGUCAACAUCGUUAACGGUUGCGGAGCCGAGGCUGGAUCAGCCAUUACUGCCCACCCCGGUAUCGAUAAGAUUGCCUUCACUGGCUCAACAAUCACCGGAAAGACUAUUAUGAAAAAGGCUUCAGAGACCCUCAAGAGCGUCACUCUCGAGACCGGAGGCAAGAGCCCUCUCAUUGUCUUCGACGAUGCUGAUUUCGAGCAAGCGGUCAAGUGGUCUAACUGUGGCAUCAUGGGUUUAGGCAACAUGGGACAAAUCUGCACAGCCACAUCCCGUAUCUUUGUGCAAGAUACCAUCUACGAGAAGUUCCUCGAGGCUUUCCACGAGCAAGUCAAGUCUUCCACCGUUAUCGGUGAUCCUUUCGAUGAGAACACCACACACGGUCCUCAGGUUUCGAAGGCACAAUACGAGAAGAUCCUGUCACUUAUUGAGUCAGGAAAGUCAGAAGGAGCCGGUCUCCUGACUGGUGGUGCCCGUUCUGGAGACAAGGGUUUCUACAUCCAGCCCACUGUCUUCCGUGAUGUCAAGCCAAACAUGAAGAUUGUUCGGGAGGAGAUCUUCGGACCUUGUUUCGUUAUUGCGCCUUUUUCAACAGAGGCCGAUGCAAUUGAGCGUGCCAAUGAUACUGAAUAUGGCCUGGGUGCUGCCAUCUUCACUGAGAACCUUCGCAAGGCUCACCGUGUCGCCGCUGGCGUUCAGGCUGGAACCGUUUGGAUCGACAGCUCUCAGGACACCCACUGGGGUGUUCCUUUCGGAGGCUACAAGAAGUCUGGUAUCGGCCGUGAGCUUGGAUCCUACGCUUUGUCUGCAUACACCCAGGUCAAGGCUGUCCAUGCUACGUCCCAGCUGUAUGGGUAG